AUGGGUGCUUUUGGUAAUAUAGAGUUACAUGUUGCUAGUUGUGAUAGACACAAGGAAUCUAUUCAAAUGUUGUUAACAGAUAAUGUAUUGCAAUCACUUUUACAAAACAUGUCAAAUCCAGCAACAUCCCACAAUCAAUCUAGAAUAGACGAAAUCGAAGAAUUACAUCAACAGGCUGCUAAUUUAUUGUAUCCUCAGGAAAAUAUUCAAGAGACUGAUUAUAUUCAAUGGUCAUUAAUUGGUAAUAAUCUCAUUAAAAUAAGUAAAGAAUUUCGUGAACAAAUAGAUUUAUACAAAACGUAUGAUAAUCAGCAUCAUCAUAUAACGAAAUUACUGAUCGAAAUAAUUGAUUACUAUUUAAAUGAAUAUUUAGUUCAACAAGAACAUUUUUCAAUAAAUGAAGCAAAAACAAUCGAGUCUUGUUUUAAACAAGCAAUUGAAGAGCAAAACUAUUUAAAAUAUUUUAUCAAAGCUUAUACAUUAACAAAUAAUUUUUAUCGUAUUCUAAAUAAACAUCUAGCAUUAUAUAUAUUAGAUUAUUUUGAUAAAUCAUCUUAUUCUUCAUUACCAACAAAAUAUCGUUUAAUCAAUUGUUUAGUGCAUAUUGUUACAUUAGUAAUCAAUCAUCCAGAUAUACAUAAGUACAGAUAUGAUGGUAUUUGCUAUCGUGGUGUAUUAAUGACGAAAAACGAUUUAAAGAAUUAUGCUAUUGAUAAUCACAUCUUAAAUCGAUCAUUUUUGUCAACAUCAAAAAAUCGUUCGGUUGCUGAAAUAUUUGCUGACAAUAACAAACAAAAUAUUUUAGAGAAUACAUUAGAAUAUCAUCAUGAUUUAUCACAGGUAUCUGUUUUAUUAAAAUAUAACAUCAAACAAAACCAAACAGCUAUUGAUAUUGAACACUUAUCAAUGAUACGAGAUGAAAAAGAAGUAUUAAUAUUACCAUUUUCAGUAUUUCAAGUUAAACAUAUAAUUAACAAUAGUCCAAAAAUGUUUCUACGAGCACUAUAUGAAAUUGACUUAGAAGAAUGUGAAGAAGAUAAAGAAACAAAUAACAAAAAAAAGAAAAGUAAAUAA